AUGCUCCUCCUCGAUCUCCCUCCUGAGAUUAUACCUUACAUAGCAGACAAGCUAGAUCAAGCGAAAGAUUUGCUUAUGCUUGCUUGCCUCAAUCGAGCAACAAAUGCUCUUUUGCUCGACUACUUGUUCAAGCUCAACGUCCGACGCCAACGCAGCUCUGCCUUGUUCUGGGGUGUUCUCCAAGGCAAGUCGGAAUUUGUGGAAAUGAUGUUGUACAGCUAUCAAGCGGACGCCAAUACCACAGACGAUAAAUCUCGCACAACGAUACAUUAUGCAAUUCGCACUAAGAACGAGAUCAUGAUCGCACGCUUCUUUUUGAUAACAAAGCGGAUAUCAAUUGGCAAGACCACCGCAGGCAGACACCACUGGUAUACGCCAUUGCAAGGAAUCGACUGUCUACUGCAUCACUUUUACUAG